CAGGAGCGAGAGAGAGAGAGGGGCAGAGAGGCUGUCGGGAGAGAAUCGGACAGGCAGCCACAAGUCGGGCUUUGAAUAGAAGCGGCCAUUACGCCCGGGAAGCAUGCAAGAAGCUCAAGAGGCUUGCAUGCAAUCCACAAGAGAGGCGUCUGAGGACGGGUUGGGCCAGUGUCUGGAUACUAUUACGCUUGGAGCCCCACAGAUAGUCGGAAGUGACUGACCCUAGCUGCUACCGUGCGGACGUAGACCGGUCGGGCGCGCGCUGUUCGCCGGUUGGAAACCGACAGGGAUUGCUUUGAGAGAACGGACUAAUUAUCUAUUUAUACACGAACGUAGCAAUAAUAUAAAGGGACCUUUUUUCUUAAAGUAUAUUUUUUUGACACACACGUUCUUCAUUUUCAAACUUGGUCGUCGGAACAGGACAUCUAUUUUGUAUCCCUUUUCUCUUAAUAUAAACUCGGAUUUACGUUAUCUAACCUGCUUGUCAAGUCAGCUGCUUGUCUUCUGCGCCAAUGCAACAAACCCACUAAACGCCGGGGAUUCGUUCAAUUUGGUUGCCGGGAGGUGGAAGACUCCCCAGCCGCCGUGGCUUCAACCGUGAGGCGGGUCUGACAGCUGCUCCGGCUCGGAGGACCGCGCUGCUGCCCAGUUCCUCCUGGAUUACCACUGCGAUAGCUAGCUGGCGGACCGCUCGGUGCUCCGACGCCCGGCUAAAGAGCAGUUAUGGCCGGCUUCGUACCGGGUCUGCUGCCGACGAACCACUCUCAGGAGAUGGAGUUCGCCCAGGCCUACGAGGAUGUCCUGGAGCGAUAUAAAGAUGAGAGAGACCGAGUACAGAAGAAAACCUUCACAAAAUGGGUCAACAAGCAUCUCAUAAAGGUGAGGAAGCACAUCACAGACCUGUACGAAGACCUGAGGGAUGGACACAACCUCAUCUCCCUGCUGGAGGUCCUCUCUGGAGUCACCUUGCAACUCAAGAGUGGCCCCGUGUCGACUAGGGCGUACGUGUCCCGCGCCCCCCCUCCCAUCUUGAUCGCAGGGGAGGAUGAGGAGCAGGAAGGAGCUCAAGGACCCAGGGAAAAGGGCCGGAUGAGAUUUCACAGACUGCAAAAUGUGCAGAUAGCCCUGGACUUCCUCAAACAACGACAGGUCAAGCUGGUGAACAUCAGAAAUGAUGACAUCACAGACGGCAACCCUAAGCUGACCCUGGGUCUGAUCUGGACCAUCAUCCUUCACUUCCAGAUCUCAGAGAUCUAUGUGAGCGGGGAGUCAGGUGACCUCACGGCCAAGGAGAAGCUGUUGCUAUGGACACAGCAGGCCACAGAGGGCUACCCAGGCCUGCGCUGCUCCAACUUCACCUCCUCCUGGAGCAACGGGCGCCUCUUCAACGCCCUGCUGCACCGAUACAGGCCAGACCUGAUUGAUAUGGAGGUGGUGACACACCAAAGUAACCGUGACAACCUGGAGCAGGCGUUUGAGAUUGCAGAAUCGCUAGGGGUGACCAGACUGCUGGACGCUGAAGACGUGGACGUUCCCUCUCCGGACGAGAAGUCAGUCAUCACCUACGUGGCCUCCAUCUACGACGCCUUCCCCAAGAUCCCAGAGGGAGGGGAGGGCAUCCCAGCCCACGAGGUGGACCAGCGGUGGUCUGAGUACCAGACCCGGUUCUCCUCUCUGAUGCAGUGGAGCCGCAAGCACACGGCCCUCAUGGCUGACAAGAACUUCCCCCAGAACCCUGUGGAACUCAAGGCACUUUAUAACCAGUACAUCCACUUCAAAGAGACAGAGAUCCCCAUCAAGGAGAUGGAGAAGAGCCGCGUGGAGCACCUCUACAAACUGCUCGAGGUGUGGAUAGAGUUUGGUCGCAUCAAGCUCCCUCAGGGCAUCCAUCCCAACGAGUUGGAGGUGGAGUGGGGGAAACUCAUCCUGGAGAUGCUGGACAGGGAGAAGGCUCUGCGGCCUGCAGUGGACAGGGUGGAGUUACUGCUUCAGAUGGCCAAUAAGAUCCAGAACACGGCCCUGGACUGUGAGGAGAAACUCACUCUGGCCAAAAACACUCUCCAAGCUGACAUGUCCCGCAUGGAGAGCGGGGAGGGGGUCCAGUGUGAGGGCGAGCUGGCCUGCUACCUGCAGGACUGUGAGGGUCUCAUCAGACAGCUGAACCAGGACGUCAGGGGGCUGCGAGAGGAGCGCUACUACCAGGUGGACCAGCUGGCCUCCAGGGUGUCGGGUCUACAAGAGGAGCUGGUCUCCCUCCGGCUGCAGUGCUCCAGCGUCUACAGGAAGGGCCACUUCUCCUCCCAGUCCCUGCUGGAGCAGACGGCCCCCAGGCCAGCCGACCGGGGCCUCUCGCUGGGGCAGACCCUGCUGGGCGCGGUGGGGGCGGUGGGGGCCGCCUUGCUCCGCAGACCCAUGGCCCGCUCCCAGCUGGUGGCCAUGUCGUCGUCAGAGGACGAGGGCAGCCUGAGGUUCAUCUACGAGCUGCUGGGAUGGGUGGAGGAGACCCAGGAUCUGCUUGAGGGGGCUGAGUGGGGGGCAGACCUCCCCUCGGUGGAAAACAACCUCCAGGAACACAACGAGAUACACACCGCUGUGCAGGAGCUGCUGAGCAGCAUACAGGAGGCGCGCAACUACCAGGGUAAAGUCUCUCCGAACUUCAAGAACAGCUACUGUGAAACCAUGGCCAAGCUGGAGCACCAAUACUGCAAACUACUGGAACGAUCGUCAUGGCGCCUGCGGAGCCUGGAGAGCCUGCACGGGUUCGUGACGCGCUGCACAGAGGAGCUGAUCUGGCUCAACGAGCGGGAGGAGGAGGAGAUGGCCUACGACUGGGGCCACGGGAACACCAGCCUGGACACCAAGAGGGAGCUCUACACAGAAAUGAGGUCAGAGCUGGACGAGAAACAGGACAUGAUGCAAGUGCUCCAGGAAACAGCCGACCGCCUCUGUCAGGAGAACCACCCCGCCAAACAGACUGUAGAGGCGUACAGCGCGGCCCUGCAGACCCAGUGGCAGUGGGUGAGACAGCUGUGUGUGUGCGUCGAGCAGCAUCUCAAAGACAACGCCGCCUACUUCCAGUUUAUGAAUGAGGUGCGCGACUGUGAGUCGUACCUGCGUCAGCUGCAGGACACCAUCAAGAGACAGUACACGUGUGACCGCAACAGCAGACUGGGCAAGCUGGAGGACCUGCUGCAAGACUCUAUGGAGGAGAAAGAGCAGCUGAUAGAGUACCGCAGGUCUGUGGCCAGCCUGGUGGGGCGGGCCAAAGCGGUGGUCCAGCUCCGCCCACGCAGCACCGACACCCCCCUGGGAGCCGCCACGCCCAUCAGAGCCAUCUGUGACUACCGACAGAUAGAGAUCACUAUAUCCCGUGGGGAGGAGUGUGUGUUGGAGGACAACUCCCAGAGGACCAAGUGGAAGGUGAUCAGCCCCAGUGGGAACGAAGCCAUGGUCCCCUCGGUGUGUUUCACCGUCCCCCCUCCCAACCAGGAGGCCAUCGACACCGCCAGCAGGAUGGAGCAGAUGUAUCAGAAGGUGAUGUCCCUGUGGCACCAGCUGCACAUGAACAUGAAGAGCGUGGUGUCCUGGCACUACCUGACCAAAGACCUGCGCACCGUGUCCGCCUGGAGCCUCGACACUAUGCGCUCCCAGUCUCCGCCGGAGCGGGACCAGGCCCUGGAUGAGCUGGAGUCCCACCUGGCGGACUUCCUGUCGGACAGCAAGGAGAGCGCUCUGUUCACGCCCGCCGAGAGGUCGGACCUGGAGAAGGAGGCCCAGCAGGCCCAGAAACACUGCCAGGACCUGCUGCUCAACAUGGAGACCGUGGAGAAGGACGAGUCAGUCUCCCGGUCCUACCUGUCUGAGCUGCGUGACAUCAGCCUCCACCUGGAGGACGUGGAGCGCAGGCUGACCCGGGCCAUCCAGACCCCGCCCCUCAGCCACCUGUCAGGGGACGGCGCGGACGGCACCGCCAGGAUCACCGAGCAAGAGAAGAUGCAGGCGGAGCUGGAGGCUCUGCAGUCCAGCGUGGGGGAGGUGUCCCGCCGCUGCGUGGGCUUCUUCCAGGACAAGCCCACCUCCUCCAGCGUCCCGGCCAUGCGCUCCGAGCUCAGCCAGGCUGUGGAGAAGAUGGACAAACUGUACAACCUCUCCCACGUCUUCCUGCAAAAGCUGAAGACGGUGGACGUUCUGAUGAGCCGGCUGGGGGACACGGAGGAGGUGGUCCGCAAGUACGAGAGCAGACUGAGCGACGAAGACACCGUCCCCGCCGACACCACCGCCAUGCAAGUCCUGCAGGAGCAGCUAGCGUCGUGGCAGGGGGAGCUGAGCGCACAGGACGGCGUGCUCCGCUCGCUGCAGGCCGAGGUGGAGCGGGCGAGGGAGGCGGGCUCCCAGCUGGCCCGGCUCCACCCGGACCGCAGCUCGGAGCUGGAGCGCUACCAGGAGAGGGCCAAUCAGAUGGCAGAGAGGUGGAGCAACGUGGAGCGGCAGAUGGAGACACGGCGUGCUGACCUGGAGGUCCUGGGCUCGUCCCUGCAGCAGUACAAAGACGGCCACUCAGGCCUCAUCAGCUGGAUCGAGGAGACCACAGAGAGACAGGAGAACACACAGCCGGGCCAGAUGGACAGCAAGGCCCUGUCGGAACAACUGGCUCAACAGACGGCCUUGGUAGUUGAGAUCGAGGCGAACCAGACCAAACUAGACCAGUGCCAAAUUAACGCCAAACAGUACUGUACCUCAGUCAAGGACUAUGAGCUUCAGUUGAUGACCUACCGAGCCUUCGUGGAAUCCACCCACAAGUCCUCCCUCAAGAGGAGGAGGAUGCACUCCUCCUCAGAUGCCAUUUCUCAAGAGUUCAUGGACUUGCGGACACGCUACACCGCCUUGGUUACCCUGACAACGCAACACGUCAAGUACAUCAGCGAUGCUCUGAGGAGAAUAGAGGAAGAAGAGAAAGAGGUGGAGGAGGAGAUGCAGGCCAGGGUGGGCCCGGUCUCAGAUCUUCUGGGCUGGGUGAAAGGUCUCCAGGGGCGGAGUCUUGGCCCCAACGCUGAGUCCUCAUUGGCUGCUCAGCAGGCCGUCACAGAACAACUCUCCGCUAGGAAGGAGGAGGUCGCUGAAGCCAUCAGGAGCACCCAGGUGUUCCUACAAUCUAAACAAGCCAGCAAGUUGUCCCCAGAGGAGAGUGCCCGGGUCAGGGCCCAGCUGGAGGAGCUGACUUCCACCUACAGCCAGCUGUGUGACAGCUCCAGCCAGCAGCUCCAAAAGAUGGAACACCAACUGGCCAAGGAGGAGGAGGAGAAGAAACAAACUGUUAUUGCUGGAAUCAUCGACAUGGGAUCCAUGGAAAUCUUCUCAGUGUUCAGUGCAGCCCAGUGCGGGCUCAUUGACCAGGAAACCUGCCGCUUCCUACUGGAAGCCCAACUCAUCUCUGGUGGGCUCCUCCAGCCUCCCUCCCCUCAAAGCCUCUCAUUGGAGCACGCCUUGGCCCAAGGAAUGAUAGACAACCACACCAGCCAAUCGUUAUCUUACUUGGAAAGGGCCUUGCAUCUGGUGAAUGAGACAAAAUCAAAAGAGGGAGAGAAGCAAUGUCUCCUGCCAGUGGCUAUAGCCUUGGAGGAAGGAGUUAUCAGUGAGCACUUGGGGCUCCAUAUUCUAGAGGUCCACAUGAAUACAGGAGGCUUGAGAUAUCCCAGUGGAGAAUUGGUCGAUUUGGACACUGCCUUAGACCAGGGUCUUUUGCCUUCAAGAAUCUACAUUAAGCUCCAAUCCCAGCUCCAAUGUAGGGAGCUUAUUGACCCAAAUACUGCAGAAAGGUUAAGCCUGUCUGAGCUACAGCAACGCUGUAUAAGUCAUGAAGAGUCUGGCCUUCAUCUCCUGCCGGUCAAACAGCAAUCUGAAAGAACCGUCUCCCUACGUUCUGGAAGAAAAGUGGGCAUCUUCCGCGCCAGCCAAGAAGGUCUUGUGGACCAAAAUGUUACUGUGAGGCUACUUGAAGCUCAGCUAUUUGCUGGCGGUAUUGUUGACCCACGUUCUGGACAUCGUCUAAUCCUUGAUGAGGCUCUUAGCCAAGGAUUGAUGCAUCAGGAUCAGGCAUGCACUAUACUGGCUCGGCAGCUCCAAACUGGGGGAAUACUGGACCCUCGCAGCGGUGAGCGUCUAGGCUUGGACGAAUCUCUCUGCAGGGAUCUUCUGUCUCCUUCUUUAGCUCUCUUGGUACUUGAGUCCCUGCAGUCCUUCAUGGGGAUGCUGUGGCCAGAAUCUGGAGAACUAGUGCCCAUCGCAGAGGCCCUACAGCAGGGAGGCGUCUCAGAAGAUCUGGCGAGAAAUGUCCUGGGGCAACGUCAUGUUGUUGGAGCCUUGUAUGAUGUAGGAGCACUUCACUUGGUACCUCUCAGCCAAACAUCUGAAAAAGCCCUGGAUCUCAGUGUGGCCAAAGUCCUAAGCAAGAUCCAUAUCCCUGAUGUUCUCCCCAGUACACCAUCGAGUCCUCCAUCUACGAAUCGCAUCAGCUGGUGUUCCACCAGCUCAUCUCCUUCUCCAUCCUCACAACCACCUGCUUCCCUAACUACAGGGCAUGUCUGGGACUCUACUCCAAUGGAUUCUAGCGAAACACAAGAACAAGCAAAGCAUGUGUUACUUUCCCAUCUGAUGACUCACAGCUAUGUUGAUGUCCAUUCUGGGAAACGCCUUGUGCUUCUAGAUGCAGAGCUUGUGGAGUUGGUCAAGGCUACUGGGCUGUCAUGUGCAGACACUUCUCCUGGAUAUCAAGUUCAGGAGGAAGGAAGUAGUUUGAUCGCUGGUUCAAUGCAGACCAUAGGGAGUAUCAGAACACUAGUAUAUAGUGCUGAGGGAGAGAAAGAGGAAACAGCGGAAGUUGUAAAGACAAGCUGUCAAGCAAUCCCAAAGGUUGUCCUCUCCAGUGAAAUCAUUGAACGAAAAGGCAGAACUAGUCAAGAAAGUAAAAAUGGUGUAGGUGACAGAGCAUUGCAGCAAACAUCCAAUCAGAAAAUAGAGCCAGCAAUCGGGGGGAAAGGUGAGAAAAAAAUUGAAAAUGUCACCGCAAAAGGUGAAAUAGAAAUAGCUCCUCGUUCAGAGAAUUCUGCAGGAAAACCUCUAAGUCAGCAGGUAAACAAGUCAGAUCAACACAAAGUGCGUAAUAAAGAAGGUAGCUCACCUUCAAAACAAGCAGACACUUCACCAUCCAUUAACCAAGACAAUGCAACUUCUUCUGUAGUAAAUACAGAAAGAGUCUAUGCUGAGUUAGAACAAGAUCUAGCCAUCGUAGAAAGUUCUAAAACUAUAGAUUCAGCAGGCUCCCAAGCAGUAAGAUCUAUGGGAUAUGCUCAAAUUGUCCAAAAGUCGGACUUCGAUUAUAAAUCACAGUUUAUUAACCGUAGCUCAGAGACAAAUAAAACGGAGGAGGAAGCUGAGAUGGAAAGGUUAACCAUAGAGCUUAAACAGGGUGGCCUCCUGACAGAGGAAGGAGACAGGCUGCUCCCAGAUGAGGCUGUAGCCCAGGGAAUCCUCCCAGGCCAAACUGCAGUUAAACUCAUGUCUCAAGCCGGUCUUUUUGGUGGAUUCCUAGAUGCCACUAGUGGUGAGUUACUCAGUUUAGAGGACGUAAUGCAGGAAGAUCUUCUUGAUGAAGACCUAAUGUGGAGUGUUCUUAAGUCUGAUAAAAGCCUAUCUGGUGUAGUGGACAUUGACAAAGGAAAUGUCUGUGGGUUGAGGGAGGCAGCUCAGAAAGGCUUGAUCGACUCCAACACUGCUUCUCGCCUUCUGGAAGCCCAGGUGCUCUCUGGGGGAAUUGUUGAUUUAAAUAGGGAUGAAAAAGUGUCAGUAACCCUCGCAGCCAACCUGGGUCUGAUCGAGGAGGAUCAGAAAGAAUCACUAGAGGCAUUAGAAAAUGCUUACAAGGGAAAGGCCACAGAACCACAAACGGCAAUUGCCAAAGCCACAAUCCAACUACAGAUGGAAGGCAUUGUUGACCCUGAAUCUCGGUCUCCUGUUCCACUGGAAUGCGCCAUUCAGAAGGGAUUGAUUGGUUCAGAGGAGGCUUAUCAGGCACUCUCAAAGCAGGUUGCUGAAGGGGGUAUUUUACACCAUGCUUCAGGAACAAGGUUGUCCGUUUCUGAUGCUUUGGAGAGAGGACUGGUGGACCGCUCCCUUGCCCCGGGACUGGAAGAACUGCAGUGUGUCUACAAGGGGAACAUCAGCCUUUUGGCACACCCAGAGGCUGCUCUAUUCCAAGCUUCAACAGGAGCUAUUUACAGCCCAGAAUCUGGACGCAAACUGACACUGACGGAGGCGGUUUCCAAGGGUCUGCUUGAGGAAAAAGUGGCCAAGGAAGCUAUGGCUUCUGAUAGUGUAACUCAAGGAGUAAUUGAUCCCCAAUCCUGUCGUAUUGUCCCUUAUUCUCACCUAGUACACCAGGGUAAGAUAGAUCUUAACACAGGAAAACGAUUCCUGGAGGUAAAACAAUUCAGGGGUAUUCAGGAUGAGCAAACGGGGGACAUCUUAACGUUAAAGCAGGCCAUUGCAAUUGGCAAAGUUGACCCAGUACCAGCUUUGAGGCUGCUCCAAAGCCAGGCUGACAGUGGUGGGAUCAUUGAUGUCACCAGUGGAGAUAGGCUGCCUCUGCCUGAAGCCUCUGAGAAAGGUUUGAUUGAGGAGGAUAUGGCCAGAGAAAUUGCCAUCAACCAGAUCACCAAAGGAGGCCUGAUCCAUCCUACUACUGGUCAAAGAGUUGCAAAUCUUGAUGAUGCUAUCAUAGCAGGUCUAAUCUCAAGUGAAAUGGCCUUUGAUAUCCAGGAGAGCAUGACUUUAGCAGACAUAGAUGAAGGUGAGGGUAGUUCUACACCAAUGGUUUCCUCAAACAGUGCCUACAGCCCUGGUGCGGAUUCAUCAGUAGCCAGCAACCAGGUAAAAUGGUCAAGUGAAAGCUCUCUGUCAACCUCUCCACUCUUAGAGCAGUCAGGGAUAGGUUUGGUGUUUAAAGAGGUGGAUCAAAAGCAAUUGGAUUCUUUGACAUCAAAUCAGUUGAGCUUGUGUGAUGCCACUUUAGAAGAAGAUACUGUAGAGCAGCCACUUUCUGAGUCUGACUCAUCCAUUGACCUGCUGGCUAAAUUUGCCAGCAAUGUUGGGAAAAGGAUUCAGCAAGCAAUCAAUGAGAUCAAACCUCAGAAAGCUGAGCUAAAACAGGGGCCAGGUGAGGCAUCAUCAAUAAGGGAAAGACAUGCUGUCGGAACACGAAAAGAGAGUGAUUAUACUGGUAUCACCGCAGUAUCAUCCUACCAGGAAUCAGACCCUGAAACAUUGCAAGUUGCAGAACAGGUGACUAUCACAAGAUCAGUGGACCUAUCUGUUAGGGCUGACAAGAAAAAGACAAGGCCAGCAGAUGUCAGGGUUUUGUCAGAGCAUCAUGAAGAUGAAAAUGAUGAAAGAAUCAAAGACGCAAAAGCAGAUGAUGUCCGGGAGGAGGGAAAACUCAAGGAAAGCCUAGGUGUAGAUGUGCUUUCUCUAAAACAACUAGAACAUGAAUACACCGAACAAUGUGACGAAGCAGGGAAAAGAGAGAUUGGAGGAGAAUUGGAGGACACAGCUGAAACAAUUCUAACAGGAGAGGGAACUGAUGUGAAGCAUUCAGACCAGAGUUUAACUGCUUCAGAUAAAGAGGCCGAAGCCAAAAGCAAGAAAAAGAAGAAGAGCAAGAAGAAAGGCAGGGGAAAGGAAAGUGAAAAUAAGCCACUACCUUUAGAGAAAAGCGAUAAUGUAUCGGAUAUUAAACAAAUGGAUUCAGAAAAUGAAGGGCAGUCUCAAGUCACAAAGUCAAUCACAGGUGUUUCGCCAUUACCAGUGAAGGUUAAGAUAUUAGAAUCCACCCCCGAAAGAGACCUCCAUGUCAAAGAUGGAGAACUAAAGAUUGAUGGGAAGGUUGAUGCAGCGGAAGUAUCCCUGGUAUCUCAAGAUGAUCAGCAGGCAAAUGAUAACGGAGGGCAACCAGACAUAUCAAGAGCUGAAAUAGUAAGAAAGCAGAUGGAAGAAUGCGUAGACAAACAGUAUGGCAAGACAGAGAUGGGUGUUAGUGUGCAGAAGGGUGCAAAAAGACCGGAAAAGUCAAACCUACCAGACAAUGAGAAGGCAGCCCUGAUACUGAAGGCAAAGGAGAGCAUAUUGAAGAAGGUGUUUGAGAAGGGAGUGACAGAAAAGCAAGCAGCUGAAGAGCUGGAGGCACUACGCAAGGAGGUGCACAGGAAGGACAUCCAGGCAGGGAAUGCCAGAGAUGGAAAGAUGCAAACUCCUGUGAUUAAGAUGGAAACUCCCUCGAGAAAGAUGGCAACUCCCUUGACUAAGAUGGUUGAUGUUGAGGGUAGUACUGAUGAAGAUGAUCACAGAAAAAUGCCUGAUGCUAAGCCAAAGGUGGAAUGGAAGGGAGAGACCGGUGGCCGAAAGGAGAACUUGAAAGUGGAUGUCAGGGAAGUUGUGGUUGUGGAUGAGCCAAAUACCACAGAUGAUUCAAGCUUAGCCCUUAAAGAAGUUAAGACCGUAUCAAAAGAGAACGAUGAUUGUGUUGGUGAUAUUAAGGAGGGAAAAGAUAAAGAGACGGUUUCACCAGACCAGCAUAAUGAAACCCCCUUGAGAAAGAUGGUAACUCCUUUGACUGAGAUGGUCGAUGUUGAGGGUAGCACUGAUGAGGAUGAUCUCAGAAAACCCCCUGAUGCUAAGACAAAGUUGGAAUGGAAGGGAGAGACCGGUGGCCGAAAGGAGGAGAACUUGAAAGUGGAUGUCAAGGAAGUUGUGGUUGUGGAUGAGCCAAAUCUCACUGAUGAUUCAAGUUUAGCCCUUAAAGAAGCUAAGACCGUAUCAAAGGAGAAAGAUGAUUGUGUUGGUGGUGUAAAGGAGGGAAAAGAUAAAGAGUCAGUUUCACCAGACCAGCAUGAAGAAACCCCCUCGAGAAAGAUGGUAACUCCCUUGACAGAGAUGGUCGAUGUUGAGGUUAGCACUGAUGAGGAUGAUCUCAGAAAACGACCUGAUGCUAAGACAAAGGUGGAAUGGAUGGGAGAGACCGGUGGCCGAAAGGAGGAGAACUUGAAGGUGGAUGUCAAGGAAGUUGUGGUUGUGGAUGAGCCAAAUCUCACAGAUGAUUCAAGUUUAGCCCUUAAAGAAGCUAAGACUGUUUCUAAAGAGAAAGAUGAUUGUGUUGGUGGUGUAAAGGAGGGAAAAGAUAAAGAGACGGUUUCACCAGACAAGCAUAAAGAAACCCCCUCGAGAAAGAUGGUAACUCCAUUGACUGAGAUGGUCAAUGUUGAAGGUAGCACUGAUGAGGAUGAUCUCAGAAAAUGGCCUGAUGCUAAGCCAAAGGUGGAAUGGAUGGGGAAGACCGGUGGCCGAAAGGAGGAGAAUUUGAAAGUGGAUGUUAAGGAAGCCUUGGUUGUGGCUGAGCCAAAAAUCACAGAUGAUUCAAGUUUAGCCAUCAAAGAAGCUAAGACUUUAUCAAAAGAGGCAGAUGAUCGUGUCAGUGGUGUUAAGGAGGGAAAACAGACAGUUUCACCAGACCAGCAUAAAGAGACUAGGCAAGGGAAACGGCACAAGAAAAACAAAAAGUCUAAAAUAGCAAAAAUUGCAGGCCAUGCAGAUGCUGCUACAGAAAAGCCAUGGACUGAUGAUGCUGUUCAGGCAGUUGUGACGGCAACAAUCUGUACCAAGAAAACAGGAAUUAAUGUAGAAAGAAAAGCUGAUGACCAGAAAGGGGAAAGUUUGAAAUAUGUGAAGUCAGAGAGUGAUGUUGAUAGGCCCUCAAGCAGUGAUGACACAAACAAGAUGGCUUCUUCUACAGUUGAUGCCAAAACUACUAAUGAAGUUUUACAAAGACCAAUCCGUGCAUCAGCACCGGCAAUAGAGAAGGAAAAGGCUGAGGUUAAGUCUGCCAGGGAAGAAUUUAAGGGACCUUUAAAAGUAAUUGAAAGUAAGUCUGUUGAAGAAAUUAAGGAAGCUUUACAAAUGACUGGGAAGCAGUCUGCUGGAGACGAGUUUAAGAGAUCCUUACACAGUUCUGUCAUUAAGUCUGGUGGAGAAGAAGUAAAGGAACAUGUUCAAAAAUAUGUUUCUGACACUGUAAGGGAGGAAAUGAAGGAUCCUUUAAAAAUGGGUGGGAUUAAUUCUACAGAGGAAAAAUUAAAGGAAGCUUUACAGAUGACUGUUGUCAAAGAAAUGAAGGAACCUGUACACAUAGCUGAAAUUAAGUCUGCUACAGAAGAAAUGAAGGGACCUUUGGGAUUGACUGGGAAUCAGUCUGCUGGGGAAGAAGUUAAGAAGCAUGUACAAAAAACUGGAAUCGACUCUGUAGGGGAGGAAAUUAAGGAACCUAUACCAUUAGCUGGGAUGACAUCGAUUGGGAAAGAACUGAAAGAACAUCAACUCAACAUUAAAGAGCAACUACACCCUGCAAUACCUAGCAUUGCUGCAGAUGUUUUUGGCACCACUUAUGAGGCUGUUGAUAACGAAUCAUAUUUACAACCUGAUUCUAGAUCAGUGGAUUCCAUGAAACAGGAUCCAAACCUAGUUGAAAGUCCUCUUCCAAGUCAGACAGGCAACAAGCCGCAUCCAGGGUCUCUUUUACCAUCAGAGGAAAAUCCCACUGAAUCAGAGUUGGCUGAGGUACUAGAGACUGAUACGACUACAGAGAGCAGUGGGGAGGGGGAGGAGGACAAGGAAGAAAUAAAGAUGAAGAAAAAGAAGGGCUCCGCAAAGUCAUCACUGAUCCGGCAGGAAUGCCUGGAACAUGACCAGCGAAUUGUGGCUCUGGUCUCCAUGGUGAGGCACAUAGAGGUCUGCCUCAAACAGCAGCAGCAGCAGUCUGUCGGCCGUGGCCUCAUCUCUCUAGAAGACAUCAUCAGACAGACAGAGGCGCUGAGCCUUGAGCUCCAGGACCUGGAACCAGAGGUAAACAAGGAGGUGGAGGCCACUGCCCAACUGCUUGAGCCACGCCCUUCCAAUGUCCCACCUCAGCUCCUAUUGGCUCUGGAGAAGGAUAUGCGGAGCCUGGCCCGAGGGUACGAGUCCGCCAGGGGAGUCUCUGCGACCAUUCUACAGGGUCUACGAGAACACAGAGACUCUUACAAGGAGGCUGUGACAGCGGAGCAGAAGAACCUGGGAGGUCUGGUGGAAAACCUCCUCACCUGGUUGAGCGAGACGGAGGCCAGGAGCAUCGGAGCGAUGGCAGGGAAGGAGGAGAAGGAUAGCCCCGUUGAUCAGAUUACGCAGCAACUGGAAUACUGCAAGGAGUUCCAGGCUGCCCUGACGGCCCGCUCCAAUGAGGUCAUCGACGCGGCCUUUGACGUUCAGGUUUUCAUCUCGGAGCGCGCCCAGGACCUGGCCCCCGAGCAGAGCAGGCACCUGCUGGGGCAGCUCCAGAGGCUGCAGGGGGCCUUCCACCAGGCCAGUGGGCAGGCCCGGGCCCGCGCAGAGACCCUGUCCAAUCAGAGAGCCAGGGAGGAGGAACUCCAGCAGAAAGAGAGUGCUAAAGUGCAGGAGGAGGAGAAGGAGAGGGAGAUAGAAAGACAGACGGCCCGGAAGAUUGAGGUUUGGAUGCACGCAGACGAGUUCAUUGACAUGAACGCGUGUUUGGAGUGUGUUUUUCUCUCACCACUCUGCUUUGCUCACGAAAGAAUGUCUGCAUUUUGCUUCACAAUUCACAAUCUUCUUCUCGUAACUGUGUUCAUUAUUUAGCUCUACCAUGUCAUGCUCACUUAUCCAUCACACAGAUCCAUCCUUGCUGUUUUGAUAACUACAACUUGCAAUAUCAUACUCAUAUCAUUGCCUUAUGCCUUGGAGAAAUUCUCCAUCCUUACAAUAAUAAUAGUUGAACAUCAUCUAAUAAUACAAUCUUUGGAUUUUGUAUCACUGCUGCUCAUGCUGCAUAUGCUAUGCCACUAGACAGUUCAUCCAUCCAAGCUACCAUCACAGGCUCCUUCACCAGUGUGUGCUACUCUCUUGCAUGUCUCUUGCGUGUUAAUAUUAACAUGUCUGCCUUGCUCUUCCAGAUUGCCACGGAAAGGAAAAG